GACAUCCUCACUGUCAUGGACAGGAAUGAGGCUUCGUCGGCAUCUGCUGCCACCAUGAAAAAGAAGGCGGCGGGCGCCGAGGGGUGCAGCCACGUCAGCGCACCAGAGGCCGGCGUGUCCAAAUGCCCGAGAAGCGACAGCAGUCAGAACUGUCUGGACUCCGGUUCCCCCGCAGCACCGAGCGGUAAGCAGCCCGGCGCCGUCUGCGACGUCGUGAUGGACGAGACGGAGGACGGAGAAGAGGAGUCCAAGUUUCCGCAUCCGCGGUUGCGCCGUGCCGGGGGGAGCGGCGGCGGAGGAGGAGGCGGAGGAGGAGGAGGAGGAGGAGGAGGCAGUAUCAGGAUGAAGAACUUUACGCCAGGAGGGGGAGCCGCGUCCUCGGGUUCCAGGAGGAACUCAAACAAGGAGCUUUGCCAUACGCACCCAGAGGACGCUGCUGCCGCUCCACGGCCCACUGCUGCCUCCAGAGCUACGAAGACCCAGACACCCUGUCCGGGCGAUGCUGCCCAGCGCGGCGAGACCAGCAGAGCAUCCGGGGCCCAGGCGUCGGGAUCAGCGGUCGCGUCAGAGGUUCUAAACGCGACAGCAGGUGAUGGUUGCAGAAGCGUCGCUCCAGUUUCCAGUAUGAAAUGCAACAAAAACGGAGAAUGCAGGAGGGACUCGGGUACCGGGAGCCUGCGCUCGAUCAUCUCCAAGCAGGAGAGGCAGACGGGAGGGUCGGGGAGGGCCGAGGAAGGAGGGAGCGCCAAGCGAGGAGCCCGUAACUCGACUACCGCCAGCAUGGACGGUUCGAUCACGCCAGGCGGGUCUCUGACCGGCGGGCACGGAGGAGAGAGCGCGAACCCCGGCACCACCCCUGUGUCCGGCGGUGCCCCCGAGAAAAGGGACUCCAAGGUGUCCUUCUCAAACGCACCAAGUCGGAAAGCGUCGUCCUCGCUGCACGGCCCAACUCAGACUCAAACCCAGCAGCCUCGGAACUCUGUGACUUUCCUGAAGCCGGAGGACGGGCCGCCGAUUGUGCCCGCCGAGGACGCGGAGCCCCAAGGCAGCCAAGUCAGCUUCAUGCAGCGGCAGUUCAGUAGUAUGCUUCAGCCUGGAGUUAACAAAUUCUCCUUGCGCAUGUAUGGUAGUCAAAAAGCAGUGGAGAGAGAGCAGGAGAGGGUCAAAUCAGCGGGGAAUUGGAUUAUCCACCCUUACAGCGAUUUCAGGUUCUACUGGGAUUUCACAAUGCUGCUGUUUAUGGUGGGCAACCUGAUCAUCAUCCCUGUAGGCAUCACCUUCUUCAAGGACGAGACCACUACGCCCUGGAUCAUCUUCAACGUGGUCUCUGACACCUUCUUCCUCAUGGACCUGGUGCUCAACUUUCGCACUGGAAUCAUCAUUGAGGACAACUCCGACAUCAUUUUGGACCCUAAAACCAUAAAGAGGAAGUACUUAAAAACUUGGUUCAUUGUGGACUUUGUGUCCUCCAUCCCAGUGGAUUACAUAUUCCUCAUAGUGGAGAAAGGGAUUGACUCGGAGGUGUACAAGACUGCUCGCGCCCUGCGGAUCGUCCGCUUUACCAAGAUCCUAAGUCUUCUGAGGCUGCUGCGGCUCUCCAGAUUAAUACGCUACAUACACCAAUGGGAAGAGAUCUUCCAUAUGACUUAUGACCUGGCCAGUGCCGUAAUGCGGAUAUUUAACCUGAUUGGUAUGAUGCUGCUGCUGUGUCACUGGGACGGCUGCCUACAGUUCCUGGUUCCCAUGCUGCAGGACUUCCCCUCAGACUGCUGGGUGUCCUUAAACAAGAUGGAGAACGAUACCUGGUCUGAGCUGUACUCCUUUGCUGUAUUCAAGGCAAUGAGCCACAUGCUUUGCAUCGGUUACGGCCGGCAGGCCCCUGAGAGUCUUUCAGACAUCUGGCUCACCAUGCUGAGCAUGAUUGUAGGAGCGACUUGCUACGCUGUUUUCAUCGGCCACGCAACGGCUCUUAUCCAGUCCUUGGACUCCUCCAGACGGCAGUAUCAGGAAAAGUACAAACAAGUGGAGCAAUACAUGUCCUUCCACAAGCUGCCUUCCGACUUCCGUCAGAAAAUCCAUGACUACUAUGAGCACAGAUACCAGGGCAAGAUGUUCGAUGAAGAGAGCAUUUUGGACGAACUCAGUGAGCCUCUCAGAGAGGAAAUUGUGAACUUCAACUGUCGCAAGCUGGUGGCAUCCAUGCCGCUGUUUGCCAACGCAGAGCCGUACUUUGUGACGGCCAUGUUGACCAAGCUGCGUUUUGAGGUAUUCCAGCCGCAUGAUUACAUCAUAAGGGAAGGAACCAUUGGGAAGAAAAUGUACUUCAUUCAGCACGGAGUCUGCAGCGUCAUCACUAAGGGAACUCUGGCAAUGAAACUCUCCGACGGCUCUUAUUUUGGAGAGAUCUGCUUACUGACGAGGGGUCGGCGAACGGCCAGCGUGCGAGCAGAGACUUACUGUCGGCUCUACUCGCUGUCUGUUGACCACUUCAAUGAGGUGCUGGAGGAAUAUCCCAUGAUGAGGCGCGCCUUCGAGACUGUUGCCAUUGACCGUCUAGACCGCAUAGGUAAAAAGAACUCCACCCUGAUGCACAAGGUUCAGCAUGACCUCAACUCUGGUGUCUUCAACAAUCAGGAGAACGAGCUGAUCCAGGAGAUUGUCAAGUACGACCGCGAGAUGGUGAAGUUGGUGGACCUGCAGCGUCCACGGGCCAUGUCAAUGACCCCGUCCAUUGGCGGCAUCUUUGCUCCCCCUGGUCAGUCGCAGUCAGGCUCUGCUAUCGCCACGCUUCAGCAGGCCGUGGCCAUGAGCUUUUGUCCCCAGAUGGCGAGUCCGCUGGUGGGUCCGGGGACUCUGCAGUCUCCUCGUAUGGUGCGACGGUUCCAAGUGAUGCAGAGCCUGGCCAGCCCGGUGGCCAUGUCCCCCCUUCAGUCGCAACCUCCUCAAACGUUCGGAGGGGCGUUUGGUUCCGCGAUCUCCAGCCCGCCUGUUCAGAGCCCGCUCGCAGCGUCAGGACGGACUUUCCAGUACAUGACAAGCGCAGGACCCUCUGGCUCCCAAUUGUCUCUGGUACACCACCAUGCACCCAGCCCAACACAGACCCAGCAGAGGCCUGCCUCUCACAAGAGCACCCACUCCCUCCAUGCAGGUAGCUUAAGCCAGGACACCCGGGCCAUAUCUGCCUCCCAGCUUUCCCUUCCCCAGGAAGGAACACAACCAGCUGCCCCUGCAGCCCCGAGCCCUCCACCAUCCACCCGCACCUCCAACAACUCCAUUGGUCCCCCUCAGCCCCCUCACCCCAACCUGCCAGGGCCCUCGGGGGUGGGGAGAUCAGCAGGAGCUCAACAAAGGGUGGCCUUUGCCUCCACUCCCUCUCCCGGUGGACCUGCUGGAAAAGGGGCAGUAGCAGCAGCUGCUGGAUCAGGACCUCCAGACUCUGGAGUUCCCAAGAAAGAUUCAAUUGUCAGCCUUCCAGAGCUAGACUCUGCCAGAUCCCGGCUGUCUUCCAACUUGUGACCCUGGUAGAGUUCAGGAAAGAGGCCUUUUUUUGUAGGAGAAUCUGUUUGUUUUAGGUCAGUCCAGCUGAUUUGUCAGCCUGCUAAAUGACCUAUCAGCAACCGCCAGCGGCAGCAGUCAGUGGACCUGGAUGCACGGCUUGCCGGUGUCAGCAGAAGGAAAAGAUCAACUCAAAGUCUUUUUGAGUCUAGACACUUUGGCUAGGACGAGUCUAUACAAUUAAACUAGUAUAACUUAAGGUGGAACUGGUCUAGUCUACUGUGCCAGCAACUUUAGUCUUAGUAUCACCCCUUACACUGCUUCCAAACACCUACUGUAUAUCGCUGUCUUUACUGUAAAGGUAUGAAGAAAAGUAUGAUUUAUGUAACUAUUGCAUACUGUGUAGAAUCCAUGCAAUGCAAUCUAGCAGGAGCUGGACUUAAAAAUGAAAAUCAGGGACUUGAGGUCAAAUGACAAUGACAUUUUAAGCGUUUAAAAAGUGUUUUGAGUGUAAUUUUUCUGUAUAAGCUGUCGUAGCAAAAGAACACAUUGCUCUUCAUAUUGUUUAAAAUAGUAGUGAAAAUAGUGAUUUAGACCGCUGGUCGAUCUUACAUCGAUUUGUAAAUAGUUGUUGAAAAAAUACAGAGGGAUAUUAUAUUCAUUGUAUCUACCCAAACCAAAGUUGAGCUUGAACACAAAGUCUGGUUGUGUCUGUAUCAACUAAAAAAGAAACAUAGAAGAAAAUGCCAUUUAUUUAACUGCCUUGAUUCAACGUUAGAAGCCAUAUAUUUGGUUUGUGUGUAUGUAUAUAUGUGGGUGUAAGUUUGUGUGCAUGAGUUUGUUGGGUCAUUUUGGUUACAUUUUCAAAGAAUGGACUCACACACGCUAGCUUUGUAAAGCGCAAUUGGUUUCACAUGCUAACGGCAACACUGACCUGUUUUCAUGAAACAUCUGGCAGGCGGUCAGCUGUUUAGUCGGCGCACUGAUUGUAACCCUGAAGGCAAAGGUGGUUAAAUAAUAUGAGCUUUAUUGAAAGGAAACAUUUGUGAACAACCCACACUGUAUACUUGCUUGUUUUUGUCUAGGUUUAUUGAUUAACACAUGCAAUAUAAUUCUGCAAUACUCUACCCCGCCUAUAUAUAAAUAUAUAUGAAUAUAAAUAUCUUUACAUAUGCUGUACAGGAAAGUUUUCCUUUCAUUUUCUUUUUAAUGUGAAAUCUUAAAGAAUCCAGCAGCUAUUGUGGCUUCACUUGAAGUAUUGUAAUCCAGUGACCAUGUUGUUACGUUAACCAAAAAUGUUGGGAGGGAAUGAGAGGACAUGUCAUUUUUGUUAAAACAGGCGGGACAAACCGCUCAAAGCUGGUUUAGAGUCCCAGGAAGAACACACACUUUGAGUUCAGCAAGUCACAUCCUCGAAAACGUCACUUUAAACACCAUUUGAAGAUAUUCAAUUGUAAGAUAAAUGGGGGUGGGAUAUAUGGGGCAUCAAUGCCUCAGUUGUAAAAACUCUGCUAAUCUCCACACGCCCCAUACGAACCCAAAACUCCCACGAAUGUCUCAAUGUUUCGAUCCACAACAAACCCAUUUUUUAAAUUUCGGCAUUGGGCUUUCGGCUUUGGUUAUAUUUGUUCAAAAUAUUCUGAUCCUGUUGAACCUAAAAGCCUUCUCUUGCUGAAUGUAUGCCAUGUGAGAAGGAAGGGAGCUAAUCAGAUAUAAACUGCCAUGUAAAUAAAGGGACAGAGGUUUAACGAGGCUUUUAUGAUGCAAGGAGCAGGGCGAGGCAUCGCUGUACGUGUUGCUGCGUGUCUGCGUGACCUUUUUCAGUUUGACGAUGCUUUUCUGGUUAGAACGUUGCUGUGUCGAAACUCUGUGUUCCCCCCUCGCCCGCCCACACAUCCUACCCACACGUCCAUCACGGAGCGAUCCCCUUUUAUAGUUCAUUCAUUGACGCGUUUUUAACCGUUUUGAACUCCUGUCGAGGGUAAACAUUGCAGACAUUCAGCUGACCCCCUUUGUGUUGCACCUCACCCGAGUAAUCAAACCGAAAACUGAUGCUCUGUUCUCUUAAACCAAGUGCAGUACUCCUUCUGGACCCAUUCUCUGGUUAAACUACGAAGGACCAAAAAAAAUAAAUCCAAUUGGGAAAGAAAACAGGUAACUGAUGAAUUAACAAACACGGCGUUUAACUUUCUCAGCUCUGAGCAUCGAUCCAGUGCCAAACUCUAAAAUCGAUGGAAUGGACAUUUCACUCAGGUUCGCUACCUUUUCAGAGAGUUCCAUUGAUUGCCGCAGCGUUGCUGUUCAUCGAUUGAUGUCGUCCUUUCCGUCCUCCCGUAAUCAACGUGUAGAUUUAACCGCGCUGAAAGGUUCCCCUUGAAUUCUGAUUGGCCAAGAACAACAACGAUGAUCAAUCGAGUGGAAACACAAACCCUGGAAUUGUUAUCAACAGAACUUGCUGUCGUUUUGAUCACUUUGAGGGUCGCUUAAGUCCUGAAACAAUGUGAUUGUUUUAUCCAAGGGCUUCGUUGUAUGGUUUAUAAACCCUUGCUCAUUGCCCCUGCAGAGCGGCUACAUUUCCACAUUCUAUCAGUGACAUGCACUAAACCUUGUUCAUUGUCGUACCUGCCGCACAAACUCACUCCUUCAGCAGCGCGGGAACGUUGUAUUGCUUUUUUUUUCCCGCGGGAAAGGUUGAUGCCAAAACGCCAAUACGAUUGUGAAUGAGUCAAUAGCUGUUGUGCGCUUCAAUACCGUUCCAGUGCAAGUAGUCGGUCCUGUUCCCUAUUCCUUUGUGCUAAUACCAGAGUUUGCCCUAUUAAGCUGCUAUCAGGACUGUGCUGAUAUUAUUUGAAUGAGUCCACAGUCAGUGAGAGCAAGAUGGAAAGAGAGCUAAAGAGCUAAUGUUUCAGGCAAUAUCAGGCACGUCUCUGUUUCAUUGCGUCCAUCCAGUAAGAUACUGUAGUGCGUAAUUCACUCCCACUCAAAGGAUGGCAUUCCCGACACUUUGAUCAGUACCACACUGCUUCAACCCUCGGCCAUGAAGCGGACACAGCGCUGGCCGCGCACGCACUGCUGUCCGUUAUCCGUUUCGUGUCUGCGUCACAAGUGUGUGGUUACCCUGUGGAAUUGCGUGUGCGAUUAUAGCGCUGUGUUUGCCUGAUGACAGGGGGCUCAAAGUGCGAUUGUCUAAUGGUUCUUCUUCUCUGGACCUUGCUGUGAAGUGGGAUUUAAAUCCCUCAUACAUGUUUGACACUGACUGACAACUAUUGAGAGAAUCUAAGUUCCAAACCUCUCAUUCUCGAUGUACCAGAUGUUAAGGGUACUGAAUGCCUUGGUGUUGAUAUGUUAGCAAAUCAGGGUAUUCUUUUUGUCUGUAAAGGUGUCUUUGAUUUACCAGUAUAUUUGAUUUGUUUAUUGAUUUUUUUUAUGUGCCCCAUGCACACGGACUGUAUAUACCUUGUGCCUAGUAUAUCUAGUUUCCACAGUCUAUUUUUGUGGUAUGUAUGUGCCUGUAAAAAUGCAAAUAUGUGUUUUUAUUUUCAACUUGCAAUAUAUGUAAAAAACAUUAGAUGAAGACUAGUAUUGCUGAAUUAAAAUGACAAUGUCAGUAUAUAUAAUUUUCCCUGAUUUGGGAAACACAAAAUUGCACAUUUUUGUUGGUUCGAGCCUUCCAACACCAUACGCGCUGUACUUUCAUGUCCUGUACAUAUGGUAUACACAGAGACGUGGGGCACUUUGUUGUGUUUUUCCACAACCUCCUGUAUAAUAUACAUUUUCUACAGUGGUGAGCUCUGACAGGCUUCUGGUGGAUAUCGGCAGUCUUGACGUGAGCUUAGAUGAUCUGCUUGCUGCACACAGCCAAAAAUGACAAAGAAUAUAUGAACCAAAACUGUAGAAAUAAUUAUAAAUACAGGAACCACGCUAAAUCUGUCUCAAAUCAUAUUGUCGCACGGGUCUUUAAACUGAUGCUGGUUUACCAUCCCCCCCCAAAAAAAGAGAAGAUCUCUCCGCGGCUGAAUUUGGCUCACGGGCCUCAGCAGUCACACGCUUUACUCCCUGGUUGAGUUACCUUGACAGAUAAUAGCAGAGUGCAUGCUUGUAUUUUUCUUAUCAAAGCAGAGUUCUGUGUACGAUUCUUAGUGGGACCUUCAAAUCUAGACAUUGUUGUGAACCAACUACUGUACAAUGAUUUCAUUUAGCAGUUAAACCUUUGUGUCGUAGCUACUGUAGCCUGCUUCGCGUCCCUAAGCCUUCUCUCUGCUUCAGGACUUUGUGUAUCGUGUGCUUGAGUUUGUGUGUGUGUGUGUGUGUGUGUGCGUGUGUGUGUUCCUGUGCCUUUCCUUCUAUAAUGUUGGUCCCACUUGAGAAUAUGAUGCCGUUUAGGCGUUUGAAACCCAUGUGAGGCUGAGAGAGACGCCAGCAGAAGCUGGAAAGUGUUACACGGUCACGGCUCUUAAAAAAACAACAAAAAAAACAACGACGACAACAAAAACAACACUUUAAUGCUCCUAAAAAAAGACUCUAGCACAUCUUUAGACUUAGUAGCAUUCCACAGCCUACAAGAGCAGCUCGGUGUGGGCAUCCAGACACACUUUACCAGCACCAUGUAGACGACAGCACAGAUAUCUGACACAGCGUGUGUCCUCUCUCUCUUUCUCUCUGGAGGCCAACCAUCUCAGGCUGUGCUCUGCUUAACAAAAAGGUUCAAGUAUUUCAUCAAGUUGAUGUCUACCAUCCAGGUGCAAGUCAGCUCCCUGCCCGAGCCGCCGCGCCUCCAAAUCGAUCUCAAAGGAUCGGGGGGGGGGGGAUCUUUGGGAUGCUGGUUGCUAUUUUUUUGGCCGUCCAGUCUUUGCCGACUGUGAUGCACGGCAGGCGGCGAUGGGUUAGGGGGGCGGGGGGGCUGAUUUGAGCCUGCGUCCAAAAGGCUGUCCUGUCCACCACCUCUGCUGGCCGAGAACACAGAACCACACCCUGGUCUCUCUCAAUAAGCUGGUCUGUCAGUCAGUGGCAAUGUUGUUUAAGCGUUCGUAAAAAGACGAUACAUUGUUGUGCAAUAAAAAGAUGAGCGCAUUGGCAUACUUA